AUGAUGUGGAAACACAUCUGCUCAGCCCUCACCGCACUCGUGGUAGGAUGGCCAUGGAGCGCUGAGCAUCUGGUGGACCUGGGGACCUUGGAGGACACGGACAACGUGACCGAGGAAGACCUGGGAGUGCCGCUGGAUGAUGAGGCCCACCAGGAGGGGAUCUUUUGGUGGGCCGAAGGCGCCAUUUGGGGCUUUUGGAAGCCUGCUGGCAGCCUGGUCUCGAACGUCUCUUGGUUCGGGACGCCUGACCGACCUGGCAGAUUACGUGUGGAUGGAGGGUGGGCCGGCUAUUUCAUCGAUGGGAUUGGCGUGCAGGCCUUUGGAGCUUGGUGGCCCUGGACGGCUUGCAUCAUCAUGGCGACGUUCAACACUGGACUACUGGGCAUCCUGACCUACAGCAUCCACACGCUGACAGGACCAUGUCGGGCGAUCGGACGAGGAGUUCAAGCUCUUUGUGGAGUAUGCUGUUGCCGGCGCCGUGAUGGGCUUGAAGCACACCUACCGAGCGCACGGCCUCCGAUGGUGGACAUUGAAUGGCAUGGACCGAAGACUGGUUGGCCCACGGAUACCCGCUACCUGCAACAGCGAUUGAAGGGUAGGGGGAGCAGGAGGCGCCUGAAUGAUGUUGUGAUUCGAAGAGGAGGUCAUGUAGCCCGCUUGCAACAAGAAGAAAGCCUCCUCAAGCGAAUCGACAGCGAUGGGCUCAGGGUCAAAUUCAGUGGAGUGUCGAGCUGCACCUCGAGACAGUUUCGUCGUGAACUGGAGGAGGCAGGCGAGAUUCAUCUUUGCAGGCAGCUUGAAUGCCGAGCAGAGCACACCCUUCACAUCCAGGAGUUCGCUGGCAUCGAUCACGAAGCGUUGCUGGACUUGCACCGUUAUGCCCAUGGUUCACCGCGCUGGCUACUGGGGCUAUGUGGUCGAGGAGUCUGGCGCGUGAUUGGCUUCGUUGCUCGUGGGGCCCGCUGCUGUUUCCGGCUUUGUUUUGUGAAAAGGGUGAGCCGAGUGAUAAGAGAUGAGGAGGGCCGUGAGCGUUUGUUGGACCCUGACUCCGAAUCCGAGGUGGAGGGUGAUGAGGCAUCAUGUCAAGGAGUGAGGAUAGGCCUUGUGGUUGAUGGAGAGAUGAGGCCUCUAGCUCCAGACGGCUGCAACGACCUGGCUACCCAGGAGGAGACGACCCUCUUGGACGAGGACGUUGAGGUCUCAGAUGUCAGGCCACCCGGACCUGGGCAACUGGUUCGAGUUCCUCUAUGUGCACAUCAUCGCCAGGUCUACCAAAGCGCCUCAGCUAAAAGAAAGUGUGGCGUGCUCACUUGUCACAAGGCUUCCAAAGGUGCACGGCAUGGUGUCCCACUUUGCUAUGAUCAUCUAUGUGAACAAGGAGGAGCAGGUGCGAGAAAGGAUAGCCCACACCCCAAUGGGAUGUUGCAGGGUUUUCGUCGUCGCUUCACACGCAGAGCACAGAGCCGGAGCCGCAGUCCAGCGUUCGAAUGUCAGCAAGCUAGCGUGCCCCCAGCUGCAGCAGAAGAAGGACCAUCACAACAUGCUAAGAAGGAGAGUGGCAUGGCACCAGCCCGGUCAAGCUCAGUGGACUUGGGGAAGGUGAUGAUUCCAUCACCACCACGAGGUGGCUUGGAGCAGGAGGACGUCAUGGGCAAGCCUGUAUGGUUGAAGCUGAAGCUGAAGCUGAACUAUGUCAACGACCAGUCAGACUGGAUCAUGUGCAUGGGAGAGCUAUGCGGAUAUACACCAGGUGGAGUUCGUGGAGAUCGAAAGCUAGAGGUCUUCGUGAAGUACCUAGACAACACCUUGGUCAUCGACCCAAAGUACCUCGAGGACAUGAUGGAUGCGAAGGGCAUUGAAGACUUGGACACAACGAGGGCGCAGCUCUUGGUGAAGGAGGUGCCACCCGAUGCAGAAUGCCUUGGACUGGACAUCAAGGGGUACCUGAUUCCAGAGAUCCUCAUGCAACGCCUCGCAGCUUGGGAGGGCCGCACUGUUGCAGGUGGGAGGCGCCUGAACGAUUCGCAGUUGAAGGAGGUGAAGAAGAACUUGGCAAGCCUGGUGAGGAAGCACAGUGCCGGCUAUGUUAAAGGGGAGCUUUGGCCUAGCUGGCCAGCGGAAGCCGAACUGGGAAUCGACAAGCAAGUUCGUGGGCGCGAUGAUGACCACCAAAGGGAGAAUCUGGCACCAAGAACAAGAUCGCGGAGCAGAAGCCAUAGCCUUGCCCGAGCGAUGAGAGAGGAGGACGAUUUCAGGAGCAAGCUGGACCGAGACACAGCGCUUGAUGGUGACACUGAGGAGAUGACAGGCGAGGGCAUCGUUGAGGCCUACAUGACCGCCGUCAACUCCGGGCAGACGCAAAAGGAGGCGAUCGACACGAUCCAGAUGAUCUUUGAGGUGGACAUGCAGACCAUCGGCAGCACGAUGCGGACCUACAUCAGGAAGAACUGUGGCAAGCAGAACGAGCAGGUGGAGGUGGCCAUCAAGAUCCUUAAGGGGAUGAGCGAACAGCAGAGCGCAAGAAGCGCCAGAGAAGAUGGAGCUUACCAUGAAGCUCGUGCAGAACAACCGAAACCACAGGAGAAACGGAACCCUAGCACCCCGGACAAGCUCUUCCCGGCUCACUAUGGCGAGAAGAAGGAGGAAGGUAGCCUCAUUCGCCCCGCAGAGGAGACCGGCAAGUACAAUCCACUGACAGCCAAUGACAGCAUCGUGGGGCAGCUAUUCGGCAUGGGUGGCAGGGUUGAGGAAGUGUCAACACGAGCCGGAGCUGGAGGCGACGAAGAGGAGACCCACAUGAGCGCUCGAGUGGUACAUGCACUCGAAGGAAUCCGGAAAGCCACGGAGGGCGACAAGAAGGGCAACCCCGGCACUCGGAGUGCCAUCGGGUCAGAAGAGAGCCUUGACGUCUAUUUGGCCCGAGGUUGCAACACCUUGACUGUGGAGGUAUGCCCCGACGUCACCGGCAAGGAGCUCUUCGACGCCCUGAAAAGAGCGUGUUCACACGCUAAGGCCAAGCUGCAGCAGAUCGAGUGGCCUUGCUUGGUCACGAACGGGAUUGCUUACGGGCUAGCAGCGAUGCAGCAUGGUGGGAAGGAUCAUUCGACGCUCGCACCUUGGCAGCUCAGCGUCGCCCAUGCCGUGACUGCAAAACCACGAGACUUCGAUCAGUAUGAGGCACCGAAGGACGACAAGAUCGAGCCUAAACCCCGGUACCCAACUCACUUUGCCACCUGGUUGAAGCAGGCGAGGAAUGAGAUCAAGAUGAUCGGAUCAGUCAUCGGCCUGGAGCACAAGAAGGAGCGCAUCAAGGCCCUUGAGCAGAUCGAGAAGGCCCACGAGCAGGAUUCGGACGUCUGGCCUGAGAGCUAUUGCUACAGCUUGUGGGAGGAGCUUAAGGCAGCGUGGGUGGAGGAGCUUCGAGAGAGUCGAAGACAACUCUGCAGGAUCCUGAACACCGACAAUCCCCGCAAGGAGGACCUGAAGUUCGUUGCCUUGGCACCAGACAGCGGCUUCCAUUUCCCAAGGACCUUUGACCUAGCACAUCCUGAAGGCUAUUACCAGCAGGUAUGCGUGCCUAGACAGGCGCGGGCGCUGAAGGGCAUCAUCUAUGGCCAGCUGCACCACAAACGCCAAGCACCAAAAGUCGGAGGAGAUCAUGCCCCGGGUGAAGGAGAACCUCAUGGCGGAGAAGCUGGCGGAGAGGAAGAUCGCGUUGGUCGAGGCCGCGAGCGUGGCAGCGACAAGAACGACAGGAAGAAGCGGGAGAAGGAGAAGGACGAGAGGAAGGACGAGAAGGUGAAGGAUGGCGCUGGACAGAAGCAAGGGUGGCUGCCCCCGGAGGAGUAUGAGGACAUCCAGUACACCCAACUUGAGGAUGAGCUCAGGGAGCUGACUCGUGGUCCUGAUGCAGAUUGGCUGAAAGACCCGUCAUCAAGGCCAGGAGCAGAACCUCACACAGUGUGGAGCAGGCGAGUCGAACAUCCGGAGGCCCAGAAACGCUUGAGGAUCCUUGAGGAGCUGGAGAAAGGCGGUGCAUUCGCGAGGCUCGCUGGCUGGUCAAGUUACCUUCAAUCUCAUGUAAGAGGUCGGAUGCUCAACGCCAUCAUCGAGAAGCAGGAGAUGACAAUUGACGAGGUGCUCUUGGAAGCGACCGAGAAGGGAUGCCCUGAGUUAGCCCAGGAGGCGGAGAAGGUCUUGGGAGAAGAGCGAUCCGUUGGCUGGGUAGAUGAGGAGCGCCAAGCAUGGGUCAGCCCCACAGUCUGGCACAAAGAAAAGGGGUACGGCGAAGGCAAAUUCGAGUUCCAAUGCGGACCAGAAAGGCGCUGCUGGCGCUAUCUGGACUACAAAGACCGGCUACCAGUACCUGAUGAGCUAGCAAGUGCACUUGGUUUGCAGCCUGGAGAUGAAGAGGAACGACAAUGUCUGGUGCUACAUCCCGCAGCUGGCAUCCUGCUUUGGGGAGGAGAUUGGGACCCGGAGCGCGUGCCAUCGCUGGAGGAGGUGAGGCUGAAGGCACAAUCUUUCCGGGCUGGACUAUGGGAUGAAGCGGCUAAAGCCAUCGGUGAGCUUGGAGACCCAGCACCCUGGAUAGGAGCACGCGAGGCGGAGGUCCGAGGCAGUGAGAACAACAUCAUUCCUUUCCUGAUCCAUGGGGGCCACAUUAGAUUGCUCGUGCCCAUCGAGAAGGAUGAGCCGGUGAAGGUGGCGGCGGAGCUGACUCUGAGUGGACAAUCCGACCGUGAAUGGCCUUGUGAGGGGUGGCGGGAGUUUCUCGCAAAUGAAGAUCCGGCAGCGCCUCUUGUACCUGGCAAGAGACCCAAAUGCCCGCGUUGUCAAGACAACAACCCAAAACAGGGAAAGGCAGCGCCUCAAGUCCCAUGGAGCUUCAAUGAACACCCAGUCGACACGCAGGAGCUGAUUCUGAUGGGGGCACACUCCCCAUUGAAGCACAGGCCCGCUUUCGCAUAUGGCAUCAGGGUGCAGGAGGUCUUUGCAGGCUCUGGAUCUUGGACCAAAGCUAUGAUGGAAGCAGGACUGGCCGCCAACGAGCCCAUCGAGCUCUUCAGUGACCCCCUACAGAAGAAAGGACGUCGCGAGCAGUUCGAUCUCAAGGACGAGAAAGUGGCAAACUUCUACCUGCAGGCGACGAUGGAGCUCCCAGGACCAUCAGCAGCAAACGUUUGGGAAUUUGGAACCCCUUGCACCAGUUAUUGCGACUUCAACAUCCUCAACGGGGGAACUCGAAGCUUCAGUUCACCCGAAGGAGGUCCGCACCCCACGGCAAGCGAGCAAGAGGGCAACUAUUUCUGUGACCUCACCUGCCGGAUGUGCGAGUCACUUUACCACCACGACAAGGAGUUCAUCCUGGAGUCUUCGAUGCCAUCCGGAAGAUACCCAAAAAUUUGGGAUCAGCCUGCCAUUCAGCGCUUGCAGCAGUCUACAGGAGCACUCAUUGUGCCGACCCACUUGUGCGAAUGGGGCUCAGCGCCGACUGACCGGCCAGAGAUGAGGUGUAUCCAGCGAGACUAUGCAAAGGCAUUGGUGGUGCAAGCGGCUUAUGCAGGAUGGGACACCAUUCAGGUGGCACAGGCACUGGAGGUGAUUCAGGAGAGUGAUGGCCGAGAAGGGGAGAUCCCACACAAAGCAGGGGCAAAUAGACACCAACAUGCUGGACAGUCUGACCCCUCACAUCAAGCGGCUCCCUCACAUUCCACGGCAGCCUUCUCAUUGUCCGAACGAUGUGGAAGUGCAGAGAUCGAUGAGUUUCAGGAAGGGUUUGGUCUUCUUCGUGGACACCAUUGUGGCAGCAUCGGCGAGGGUGAGUUCAGCCACGGCAUCCCUAUCCCGGAGGACCCACUGGAGCCUGAAGGUGAAGAAGAGGAAGAGGAGGGGGCCACCAGUGAUGAAGAUAGGCGUAUGAACCCUCGUGAUGAGGCCAGAGUCAUGGCACGGCUCGUUCCUAGAGAAGUCAGUCCAGGAGAUGUGGCGGAACCAGUACGCCCAUACGAAGGGAACAUCAACAUCUUCGGGCCACCACGACCACUCGAAGGGCUCGACGGACGCUCUGAGGAUUGGUGGGACCUUCAAGAGGACAACCUAUUCCUGGUACGCCACCACGUGAUGUCUCGCACCCACUUGUUUGGAUCGCACUAUGUCGACUGGACCGACUGCCCGGUUUCGGACCACCUCAUUAGGAGUGAUCGCAGGACAUGGAUGUACCCGCAGCGGAGGGAACUGUCGGAGAUCGCCCCGCACGAGAGAGUCUUCCUGGACAACUGGAGGGUGGACCUGGCGAGGCUUCGUGACAUCCCCGACUCGAUCGAUGCGGAGUACGCCGACUGGACUGGAGCAACCACCUUCUACCUGUACGAUCCUUUGAUCAGGCCAGAGCUUGGACCACACUUUGAGCGUGGACAAGAAGAAGGAGGCGAGCCCGAUAGCCCGGCGCCCGAACCUGAAAGUGAGCUGCGGCCUACAUAUCCGGAGGGAAGAGACUACCAACCGGUCUUUCACCCGCCCAGGGAAUUCCCAGUGCCAACGCGGGAGCAGGUUGCGGACGCGAGACGGUACUACCCUGGAGGAGGUGUUUGGGAUCCCUGGAAUGGAGGACGCAUUGAGGGUGAUGACGCAGAGCAGGCGGAGGAGCAGCCGGGCAGCUCAUCGGACCGGAGACGACGGUCAAGGUCGAGGUCAAGGGGACGCGGGCCAGAUGCUGAUGACGGAGCAGAAGAAAGACGGGUGGGUUACCUAUCAGCAUCCUGCAUUCUUGAGGCCGAAGAGACGGAGGGCAAUCGCUGGAUGAUGCGGGAGACCAUCGAGGACGAGUACCACGUGGGAGCGCCUGUCUACUCCGAGAAGGGCCAGAGUGUCAAGGAGGAGGUUCUGGACAAGGCCCUUUGCUAUGUGCACCACUGCAGGGAGCACCCCAAGUACGAGCCCAAUGUGAUCAAGCAGGCCGUCGAAUUGGGCGAUGACCUGUUGAGGACCGCUGGGACACUCGAAGAAGCCAUGCGAGGUCUGAGGGCAGCAAGAAGGCAAGUGAUUGGGGUCCCAACGAUUGGUGCCACUUCCGAAGAGGUCCUGAGAUGCUUGGAAUCUGACCAUGCACAGUACCUUAAAGCGGCCAACAGGGAUGGAGACACCGCGGACUUCGGCAGUGCUCUGCCCGGUGAAUUGGUGGGAGUCGAGGGCAGGGUGAAGCUGGUUUACGGUGGCCUCCCUUUCGGUUGGUGUGGCGCCCCGGGAGAAUACAUGGCGUUCGCCCUCGCUGGUCGAGCCUACCAUGAGAGCUUUAAGCCGGAGAUGGAAGGCGUCAAUGGACCCACCCCGUUCUCUUCUGAGUGGCUAAUGGAUGACAGCGUGAUCGUGGAGCCUCUGAUGGGGGUGAGGCCGUGGCAAGCAGUUGACGCGUUGGGCCACUCCAUCGAGAAGAUCUGGGGCAAGGCGGCGUUGAACCUCGACAAGCAGAUUGAGGAGGGGACACCUGCGUCCGAGCAGAUCGUGUGGGGGCUCUAUAUGAAUGUGGAGAACAUGACCAUCAGGCUGCCUGAACCGAAAGCCUUGAAGAUGCGUUACCUGUUGGCCUUGCCGGAACUGCAGUAUGGGGUGCGCCAGGUGCGGCUGAAGGUCGCUCAAGAGCUGCGCGGGCUCAGUCAGUAUGCGGCAAUCACCAUACCCCCUUUGCGGACGGAGCUCGGCACCUUGGAUCUUUUCCUAUGUCCAAGCAAGUGCGUGGGGGGCUACAUCCAGCCGAAUGUCAAGGAUGAAAACGCCUCAGAGUCAGCGUGGCGCUGUUGGGAUGAGACGUUGGCGCUCCUACGGCUUUGGUUUGAGACCCCCUAUAUGAGGGCAGCUUCGAAUCGCAUGAGCAGCAGGCUUCGAUGGGUGGGUGGAGAUGCAACUCCAGACGUGGCAGGCGCACUUGACUGGAAGGGCAAGCGCUACAUGAGGGAGGAUGCCAAGGUGAUGCUCCAUGCAUUAGGUAGGGUGCCCGAGCUUGAGGAAGAGCCCAGCAUGAAAAUAGCACUUGCAGAGCUUCUUUGCUUCGUGGGGCUGGCCGCAGCAGAGAGCAGCUCUUGGCAUGGGGAGAUAAUCGCCUAUGCCACGGACAACCAGAACGUCAGGUCGUGGUUGACCAAGCGGCAGUCUAGAUGCACGGUGGCACGACACAUCCUCCGGGUCUUGGGAAUGCUCGAGGUGCGAUUCCAGUUCAAGACAUUGGCGUUCUACAUCAGGACCUAUCACAACAUCACAGCGGACUGGCUGAGCCGAGAGACGAAGAAGGUCGUGGAGGACAAGUUGAAGCUCGAAGGUUGGACGAAAGUCGAGGCGCAGGAGAAAUGGGAGUCCUACAUCGAGGAGUCCGUGAACGGCAUCUUCAGAUGGCCUGGAGGGGCAUCGCUGGGAACUCUGAGGCAGGAGGGGGAGCGCCCCUCUCAACCUUAUCGUCCAGUGGUGGCAAAGGGAAACGCUAUCGAGUUGGGCAGGGGGCAUCUGCCAUGGGCGAUAGCGUGGUCACGUUUGGGAGGCCGUGUUUGUCGACUACCGGGCAACCGAGAUCAAUGUGAAGCAGCGAUUGAGGGCUCCAGCCUGAAGGGGACAGAAUGCCUACAGUCGGAGGAGGACCUCACUUGGGUUUUCGCCUCGAUUGCCGAGGAUAGCUGGGGGGGAACGCGUUCCUAUGUCAGACAGUUUGUCAAGGAGCAUCGUCCCUCGAAUGCGCUGAUCGACCUGGCGAGGGAAGGCCCAGUUCGUGAAGUGCAGGCGGACUUUAAGAAGCUUGACUAUGUGGUGAAUGUCAACGAGUACCUGACCACCCACUUUGGGGACCCCGUGGCCAAGCGCAAGUUCGUCCUGGUUGCUCAUCGAGGCUCACUGGCCAAUGAUGCGACCUUCCCGGAUGAAGCUCCUCGGAGCGCCGCAGAACCUGCGAGCAUCAAGCGCGCCCUGGACUCGGCAGCUGGAGCGGUGAGGCAGGAAUGGUUGGCCAGCGACGUUGAGGUGACGCUGAACAACAAGAUUUCUACUUCUGGGGACCGCAUGCUGCCAUGGCCUGCUGGCCAUUACAAGGAAGGGGACAAGAAAGAGCUCCUCUACGACAUCCGGGGCCCCGCAUUAACUUGCAGGAAAGGGAGGUCUAUGGUUGUCCUUGACCAUCGUGGUGAGGCGGUCCAGGCGCGAGCAAUCAGUGCAGAAGAGGAAUGGCUCCUGAAUGGUGGGCGCCUUGAGGAGCUGCAUCUGCUUCGCGAAGCCGGAGCAAAGGUGAGCUUCUUCAAGAAGGACGCAGCCAUGAAGUUUCCGCAGCAAAGCGCCCAUCACCUACUGUCCUGGUACGAACGCUGGCGCCAGGGAAUCAAUGAGGGACCUGAGGCUGGAGGGAGAGUUGGAGUUUGUCGCGACCCUGAUCGAGUCCAUGCUGACGAACAAGUGCGUGCUUGGAUGCGAGCUUGGCAGGGAGACAACCACAACCCCAGGGCCAACUACGAGAGAUGGCUUGCCGCCAAGAAGGCCGACUUAGAGGGUGACCAGAAGGUCGGAGGGAAGAGACAAACCACCAAGAGGGCGAAGUCAGGGCCUCCGGACCGAUUGGUCCUCCCAAGCGCGAUUGGUCGUGGUCGAGAACGCCUACAGCUUGAUGCUAAUCGUGAGCUAAGGCGAGAUCAAGCAUGGCUCGACGCCUUGGCUGCGGAGGCGGUGAUGUCCAAGCUCUCGGAGGGCACGCGGGCUGGCUACGAGGUUGGCUGGAAGCAAUGGUGCUUGUGGCGCCGGAUGGGAAGAAAGGAUGUGUACCUCACCGGCGAGAGCAAAGAGGACCGCAAGAUCGAUGAAGAUGAACUCCUUCGAUUCAUGACCUACUUGGCGCACGUCAUGGGCAGGACUGAGGGGACCAUCAAGCAGAGGCUGUUCGCCAUUAAGAUGGGCCAUCUGGUGGCAGGGCAUGAAGAUCCCACAUUGCACAAGGUGCGAAUCUGGGCAGCUCUCAACGGCUACAAGCGGUGGCAGCCCGAGACAAAGCGGAAGUACCCAGUACUGCCGGCUAUGCUGCUGUGGAUCAAAAAGCAUUUGAGUACCAGCGAGACCCUGAGCAGAGUUGACCAGGCGAUCCUUUGGGCUGCGAUUAUGGUGGGAUUCUUCUUCUUGCUGCGAGCCUCGGAGUUCUUGGUCACUAUGGGGCGAUCAUGGGGGACAUCGAGGACCUUGAAGGGCAAUGACAUCGAGGCACGAAGGGACAACCUGCAGGUCAUGAACUUCCACCAGGCGGAGGAGAUCGUGAUCUACCUCAAGGGCUCCAAGACGGACCAGUACAAUCAGGGCACUGUCCGCAACCAGUUCAGAAGCGGUGACGAGCUCUGUGUGGUGACCGCGCUGGCCAACUACCAGGCUAUGAAACCUGAACGUUUUGCAGGUGCUGAAGCAGAUCAGCCCUUGUUCAGAUUGGAGAAUGGAAAACCCUUGCAGAGGACCGACAUCCAGGGCCUGAUACAGUUGGCAGCGGUUGCAGAUGGUCAAUCUACGACGAGGUAUGGUUCGCACAGCUUGCGCAUUGGUGGCGCCACAGCCAUGUACCAGACCACCAAGGACCUGGACAUCGUGAAACGUUUUGGCAGAUGGAACUCCGACGCCUUCCACGGCUAUCUGUGGGAGUCGCACGAGCGCCAAAAGGAUCUGGCAAAAGGCAUGGCCAAAGCGGAUGGCCAACUACUUGCCCCCCGGAAGAACAAGGGGUUUGAGAAUUCGAAGAGUCUCAAUGAGAGGACGGUUUUUGAUGGAAAGGAAGCCGCACCAGCACCAAGGGAGCAGAUGGAGAAGAUCGGCUACGAUGGGACGAUGCAAGCUUUAGGCUCACCUGGCGACGAAGAGCGCAGGAUGCAUGGCUACAACGUCCAGAAGAUGACCGUGAAGAGCUCCAAGGUGCACAAGGUAGUGACGACGCUGAAUGCUGGACAGUGGGGCAUAGAUGAGGACUACACCUUGGAACUCGAUUGUUUCUUCGAGGCCAAGUGGCAAUGA